UCAGAUCUAUAUGAGUGAAGGAGCGCGCUCCUGGUUGUGUGCGCGCGGUCAGAAUGGGCUUCAGCGCGCUCGUGUGCGCGUGUGUGUUAGCGCUGUGCGGCGCUGAUGCGUUCACACUCCCGCAGAGAAACGAGCCUGACAACGACAGACCGAUCAUCGGGAUUCUGACACAAGAGGUUGAUGAUUAUAUGAGAAAGUUUGGAGAGACAUACAUCCCUUCAUCAUAUGUGAAGUACAUUGAAUCUGGAGGAGCUAGAGUUGUGCCGAUUAGGCUAAACCAGAGUUUUGCAGAGCAUGAAAAAAUCUUCAGGUCAAUAAAUGGUCUUCUUCUCAUUGGAGGCUCUGUGAAUCUGGAGACGUCUGACUUCGCUCGCACCGCUGGGAUUUACUUUAGACUUGCCCUUAAUGCGAACGAUGAGGGCGAUUACUUUCCCAUCUGGGGAACAUGCCUGGGAUUUCAGCUGCUCACGGUGCUGGUGGCUGGAGAAAACCUGUUGAGUAAGACGACUGCAGAGAAUGUGACUUAUCCACUCAACUUCACCGCAGAGGCUUCACCCAGUCGUAUGUUUACCAACUUCCCAUCUGACAUCCGUAAAGCGUUGUCCCAGGAACCACUUACUGCAAAUUUCCACCAUUAUGGGGUGACUAAAGAGGCAUUCUUGGGUAAUGAGAAAUUAAGUGGCUUCUUUUCAGUGCUGUCCACGAACAUAGCACAGAAUGGCUUUGAGUUUGUUUCUACCGUGGAAGGCAGGAAGUACCCUUUCUAUGGGGUACAGUGGCAUCCGGAAGUGAACCGCUUUCAGUGGGACCCUCAUUACAACUUUCCUCAUUCCCGCAAUGCUGUGCACGUGUCAUCCUUACUGGCUGAAUUCUUUGUAAAUGAGGGAAGGAGAAGCUCCCACCACUUCAGAGAAGCAGCAGAAGAGAGCAGCGCGCUCAUCUACAACUACAGCCCUGUGUAUGUGGCCAAUAUCUCCGCUUAUGAACAGUCUUAUUUCUUCUGAGAGACACAGUACAGGAGGACACCGAGCAAGACAAAGAAAGAAAACACUUGUUAAGAUAUAUUUCAGACUGAUUUUUUUUUUUUUAAAGAGCUCAUCACAGACCUCAUCUCAUAUUUAGCAUAUUGUGUUUUUAACUGAGAGACCAUUUAAAUAAUCAGUAUUUGAUUACAUG